AUGGAAGCUGAACAGCAGCAGAAGGAGCUGCCUGCGGGGCCAGCAGCAGCAGCAGCAGCUGCUGCUGCUGCUGCUCAGGAGAAGCCUCAGCCGAUUUCGGUGUCCCCAGUCUCAGAGCAGCAGCAGCAGCAGCAACAGCAGCAGCAGCAGCAGAACCAGCAGCAGCAGCUGCUGCAGCUGCAGGGGCCAGUUUCCGCCGUGCCCAACGCGCUGCAGAGCCCUCUGCUGCUGCAGGCAGCAGCGUUGCUGCUAGCUGCGCAGCAGCAGCAGCAGCAGCAGCAGCAGCAGGGAGAACAGCCAAGUGCAGCAGCACUACUUGAAGCAGCAAGCAGCUACCCCAGUGGCUAUUUAAGCAACUGCAGCAGCAGCGGGAGACUCACCAGCAACUGCAGCAGCGGCAGCAGCAGCAGCAGCAAAAGCGACUUGCUGCGGCUGCCCUCUCUUACCCCCAACCUUUCUGGCAGCAACGAGCAGCAGCAGCAGCAGCAGCAGCAGCAGCAGCAGCAGCAUUUUGAAAACGCAGCAGCAGAGGACACAGCGGGCAGCAACGCCAGCAGCCGCUUCAUCAGCAUCAGCUGCACAGAAUCGCCCAGAGGCACGCAGCAGCAGCAGCAGCAGCAGCAGCUGCAGCAGCAUCUGCAGCAGCAACAGCAGCUGCUGCUGCAGGGAUCAUCGCCUUCUGACCGAGAAGGCAGUAUGGGGCAUAUGGAGCUGCUGCGGCUGCAGCAGCAACUGCAGCAGCAGCAGCAGCAGCAACUCGAGCUGCUGCAAGGCCCCUUGUCUGUUGGCGAGAAAGCAGUGGAAGUCCGUGAGAUCAGCAGCAGCUCCACAAACAGCAGCAGCAGCAGCAGCAGCAGCAGCAGCAACAGCAGCAAAACAGCAGACCAGGAGCAGCUGCAGCAGCUGCAGCAGCAGCAGCAGCAGCAACUGCAGCAGCAACAACUGCAGCAGCAACAGCUGCGGCAGCAACAGCUGCAGGAACAAGCGCGGUUUGCUGCUGCAGAGGAUGAAGCCUUCGAAGCGCUGCAGCAGCAAGAGCAGCAGGAACGAGAUGAGUCGCAGCUCCUGGAGCAGCAGCAGCAGCUGCUGCUGCAGCAGCAGCAAGACUUCGCAAGCCAGUGGGAACAGCAGCAGCAGCAGCACGAGCAGCAGCUGCUGCAGCAGCAGCAAGAGUUCUUCCAGCAGCAGCAGCACCAACAGCAAGAUUUUGAUGACCACGAGGAGCUGCAGCAGUGGCAGCUGCAGCAGCAGCAGAUGCAGCAGCAGCAGCUGCAGCAAGAUCACGAAGGGCAGCAUCAGAUCCAGCAGCAGAUGCAGCAGCAGCAGCAGCAGCAAGUCGAGGAUCAGCCAGUAAAAGGCAUAGAGAAUUUUGAGGAGGCAAUUGAAAGGCAGCAGCAGCAGCUGCUGCAGCAGCUACAGCAGCAGCAGCAAGACGAAGAGUUGCAGCAAUGCUGCUGCUGUCUCAGAAACUUUGCUGCUUCUCGCAUUCAGAAGCACAUUAAGAUAUGCGAAGCAGCUCAAACUCAAGUGCUGCUGAAGCAGCAGCGGCAGCGACAGAAGCAGCAGCAGCUGGAGCAGCAGAAGCAGCAGCGGCUGCAGCAAGAGUUGCUGCUGCGGCAGCUGCAGCAGGAGCAGCAGCGGGAGCAGCAGCGCCAGCUGCUAUUGAAGCAGCAAGCAGUCAAGCAAAGGAGAGACGCCGCAGCAGCAAAGGCUGCUGCAGCAGCACGCUGGGCUGCUGCUCGCAGUGGCAACAGCAGCAGCAGCAGCAACAGCAGCAGCGGCGUCGACAGCAGGCAGCGCACAGAUGAGACCCGCAGCAGCAGCAGCAGCAGCAGAAGCAACACGAGCAAGAAGCUCCCCGAUUCUGCUGCUGCUGCUGCUUCUCGUGGCUCUGCUGCAGAGACAGCGAAGCAAGAGGAGAGCAGCAGCAGCAGCAGCAAAAGCAGCAGCAGCAGCAGCAACAAUGGCAGCAGCAGCAAAAAGACAUUUCUUGCAGGAGACCGCCGAGUUUCCAAAGAAGAUAGAACAGCAGAAGCAACAGAAGGGCCUUCCCGGGUAGCAGCUGCAGCAGCAGCAGCAGCAGCAGCAGCAGCAACAGCAACAGCAGCAGCAAACGUAGAAGGCCGCAGUUUAGGUGCUGAUGCUGCAGCUGCUGCCGUAGUUGCUUCGCCUGGGCCCUCUGCUGCGGCUGCUGCUCCCACUGCAGCAGCAGCUGUCGCUCCAGAAGAGACAGCAGCACUCACUGCAGCAGCAGCUGCUGCUGCUGCUACUGCUGCUGCUGCUACUGCUGCUGCUGCAGCAGAGGAGGAACCCCCUCUGGGGAUAAGCUGCUUAAGCAGCUCCCCAGGAGAUCCGCCUCCGCUGCAGCAAGGCAGCAGGAGCAGCAGCAGCAGCAAGAGAAGCAGCAGCAGAAAGAGCAGCAGCAGCAGGGCAGCCAGUAGCAGAUUCACCAGCAGCUGCAGCAUCGACCUGGAAACUCUGCGCGAGCAGCAGCAGCGGUGCCAGCAGCAGCAGCAGCAACAGCUGCAGCAGGAAGAAGAGCUGCAAAAGCAGCAGCAGCAGACCCAUUUGGAGCAGCAGAAGCCCAAACAGCAGCAGCUGAUUCCAGAAGAGACGAGACUGCAGCAGCAGCACGUCCCUCAACAGCUGCAGCCGCGGCAGCAGCAGCAGCACGAGCUGCAGCAGCAGCAGCAGCAGCACGAGCCCGAGCACGAGCAGCAGCAGAAGAAAACAUCUACCUGCGGCCGAACUGAUCUACAGAGAGCAAAGCCCCAGGACAGGUAA